UCCGGAAGACUGGAUGAAAUAAAUUGCAGAUCGGUUACGUUCGGCACAGCUUUCAGUUUUAAUUAACCAAUGGAGAUUUUAAAAAUUUCUGUUCUGGCUGUUGCUCUUUAUACGCAGGUGUACAGUGAUGCAUCGAGCCUCGGUGAAGAUAGGGACAUCUUGUCCGUGGAAAACUGGCAGGACGAUCCGGCAGAAAUUGAUUUAACUCUACGCUUCGCUGACCUAAUGAAGCGCUCCAAAUCCCAGCAAUUUCACGGAUUAAUGGGUCGAAACUCAGAAAUCUCUCAUCCCCUGCGACUGGGUCGAAAAAGAAACAAAGGAGAGAUGUUUGUUGGACUAAUGGGAAGAAGAUCUUCAAGUGGCGAUUUUGAAGAGGAACUGGACAAGCCACAGUUAUACUAACUAAGCAAAUCACUGAAGACACAAUUUAACACAUAUAGAAGAAAGAAAUAAAGCAAUGUCUGUGGCACAACGUACACACAAGUCACCACAUAAUCAGCUUUCAAUAAACCUUCA